AUGCGACUUCAUUGGCAUUGCAUUAAUAGCAAUGCAAAUUUACAGAUUGUUGAUUUAUUUUUGAAUCAAUUUCCUAGUUCAUAUGUCGGUUUCAAUGGAUCUAUUACUUAUCAAAACAAUUCCCAAGAUUCCUUCCUAUUUAAGAAUUGGUUAGUCGAUCGAUCACCUUUCCUUCCAGAUCGACUAAUACUUGAAACCGACUAUCCUUACCUCUCACCUCGAAAUCUGCAUGGCACAUAUGAUCCAUCAUGCGCUCUAAUAGCUACAGCUAGUUACCUAUCAAGCGCGAUCGCCGAUCCGCAUCAAAAUCCUCUUUCAUAUCUACAAUUCUCUAACAAAAACAUUGAAGCAAUGUAUGGUUUGUAA